AGAAGGAGAUCAUUUCAACAGCUGGCUAACCCUCCCACUAUACCACCCCCACCCCACCCCACAUAUCAUUUCGCAGAAGAGCUUUCGUGUCUUUAUACUGCAUUUCAGGUCGUGUUGCUUUAGACCAGUCUCAGAAGGGCCUCUUGUUGCCGUUAUUCGUGACUCUCUUCCUCCCCCACCGCUGUUUUUUUUCCAUUACUUCGCUGGACAUACCACCGCGCGCUAUUGAAUGUGAUGAAACGGACCAUUGAGACCGCUGAAGUUCGUUGUUUUUCAAAAUUCUCUUUUCCCGCCUCCCGCUGUUGUUUAUAUUUGCAGAGGAACACAGUUGCUGGUGAGGGAUUGCAAGUAGGGGACUGAGUGACAGUAAAACACAGACAUUUAACGCUCCGGUUCAGACAGGGAAAACUGGUGAUGUUAGUGUCAGACUACAGUAGCUCCUGACAGAAGGAAGGAGGGGGUUCGCUUAAAGAAUUCAAGAUGGAAAAAGAAGAAACGGGCUUAAGUUCUCGUGAGUAACACGGGCUGAAGUGAAGAAGUGGUUGGUCGUUGUUAUUUUUUCUUUUAUUAUUUGGUAGUGCUGGAGGGAAUGAUGGCGCGCGGUGCGGGUCGACGGACGGCGUGCGCAUCUGUCCACUCUGCCACAGAGUGAGAUCACAGAGGCAUCGGUUUGAGGAAGCAGUCGUCUUUCAGAAGGGAACUGCCCCAAAGCAUGUCCGUCUGUCACUGGGAACGCAUUCCUGCAACUCUCAUGAACGGUGUAUCAUCCCCCUUAUAGGUCCACCUGGGGCCCUGAACACACCCAUCUGCCAACUCGGAUAACCCUCAGGCUGUUUGCAACACAUGUUUGAUGUGAUUGGUUGUGAUCAGCCCCACUCUACAUCAUGCAGUGGCGUCGGCGACACUGCUGUCCCAUCAAGAUGACCUGGAAUGUCAAGCGGACACUCUUCCGCACACAUGUAGCAGGCCUUCUCUCGCUGGGCUCACUCUUCGCCCUUUUCCUCAUCUACUGCCACCAGGAUUUGCUGCAGGGCCGGAGUUGGCUGCGAGACAACCCCCUGGUUUACACCAUGCGGGGUUUGCGCCCCCACAAGGAGCAUGCAAAGGGAAACCAAAGCUCAUUACGAAGCCUCUGGAAAGACAAUUCUUAUGUGCUCCCCAAACCAUCUGUUAACUUCAAUUUUAGUUCUCACCAGGCUGAGAUCACUGCCCGGGAGAUUGUAGGAUUUGAGAUCUCUGUUAGCUACAACAAUACAAGCAGUAACGCCAAGAGCUUGCACAGGGAAAUGGGAGUGGGAGGCCGUCUGGCAGCCCAGCCUUAUCAGUGGCUGCUCAAUGAGCCCUAUAAGUGUAACAACAGCAAUCCCUUCCUGGUUUUGCUAAUAGUUGCAGAGCCAAGUCAGGUGGAGGCCAGGAAUGCCAUUAGGCAGACCUGGGGGAAUGAGAGCGUGGCCAUGGGUUACGGGUUUGUGCGCCUCUUCCUGCUGGGCUUGAGACCUGAUGUGUAUCUGCAGAGGACCAUUGAGGAGGAGAGCUUGCAGUACCAUGACAUCAUCCAGCAGGACUUUAUGGACACUUAUUACAACCUUACCAUCAAGACACUAAUGGGCAUGAGCUGGGUUGCACAGUAUUGCUCUAACGCAUGUUAUGUCAUGAAGACAGACAGUGACAUGUUUGUCAACACAGAAUAUCUCAUCCAAAAGCUGCUAAAGCCAAACACAGCACCUCGACAAAAUUACUUUACAGGCUACCUAAUGAGAGGCUACGCUCCCAACCGCAACAAGGAUAGUAAAUGGUACAUGCCGCCAGAGUUGUAUUCCAGCGAGAGGUACCCUAUCUUUUGCUCUGGGACAGGCUAUGUGUUCUCGGGAGACAUGGCAGAGAAAAUAUACAAUGCCUCAUUGAGUAUCCGUCGCCUUCACCUCGAGGAUGUAUAUGUGGGUAUCUGCCUGGCAAAACUGCGGAUCGACCCAUUGCCACCACCAAAUGAGUUUCUCUUUAACCACUGGAGAGUGUCCUACUCCAGCUGUAAAUACAGUCACCUGAUCACAUCUCACCAGUUCCAGCCCAAUGAACUCGUGAAAUUCUGGAAUCACUUGCAAAGUAACAAGCACAGUCCUUGCCUUAAUAUGGCUAAGGAUAAGAGCAGCCAACGUCGGCAUAGGAAAUUGCAAUGGGAACGGUUUCAGUGAUUAGCCAAGGCUCAGGGUUGUAGUAGUGUUAUCACAGCAUGUGCACAAUUCAGAAGUCUAUGAGAUAGAGAACAGCACAGUCUUUUGUUUUUUGUAUUGUCAAUUAAAACUAUUUUUUCAAUUUGAGAGAGAUGUUAUGUAUUGUAAACAUGUAAAUCUUUUGAAGGGAAGUGAAAGACAUAUAUUUUGUGCAAUAUUGAGCAUGCACAACUUAAAAAAUUGGUGAUAACACCGUAUUCAGGUGCCAAUUAAAUUAAAUGUACACUGCAAAACAUUAUUUUGAAGACAAGCAUUUUUGUCUUGUUUUCCAGUAAAAUUAUCUAAACAUUCUUAAAACAGGAUUUAUUUACUUGACAAACUUCCGUAAGAUUUUAAGUCUUGUUUUGAGAGAAAUCUAGUAAGAUACCUUAAUUUCCAGACUAUAAGCCGCAACCUUUUUUCCACGCUUUGAACCUUUAAACAAUGACGCGGCUAAUAUAUGGAUUUUUCCCGCUUUCAAAUUGUAUUUAAAAAAAAUAAUAAUAUUCUGUGACGUGCUCAGUUUUUUGGCGGCGUGAAGCUUUCAUUAGAUCAAUGAAAUUGCCGAACGGGUUAAGGUCAAACAACUUUUUUUGCUUACGGUUUAGAUUAAAUCGAGCGCGCACAAACUUCCCAUCAUUCUGAUUACGGUAGUAAUUUUGUCACCCUCACCAUGGCAAAGACACGGAGAAAUGCAUAUGAUGCAGCUUUCAAGUUGAAGGCGAUUGAUCUGGCUGUUGGAAAAGGAAAUAGAGCUGCUGCCCGGGAGCUUGGUCUUAAUGAGUCGAUGAUAAGACGUUGGAAACAGCAGCGUGAGGAAUUGACUCUAAAAAGACAACUAAAGCUGAGGCUAUUCAACUCCGACACCGAAGGAGAUGACUUCAGUGGUUUCAGUGCACAGGAGGAGGAAGAUAGUGACCAAUGACUUUCUUGGUAGGCUACUGUUUACUGCAAAUUUUUUAUUUUUUGUUACAAGCCGUGUGUGGCAGCGGGGGCGUGGUCAAGCGCCCAUCCUGGAGAGAAAAGCUGUAAGGGCGCUUACACCGGAGCUAAAUUAUGUCUAACACCUGUGUCUAAUUUCAAGUGCCCUGCUUCACGUGUCCUUCUUGGGAAAACUGUCACACUGGCACCAGUGUAACCGUUUUCAGCAGGGCACUUGAAGUUCCAGGUAAGGCUUUUAAUGGCCACAGCAAUGUUUACAAUCAAUUUUAUAAAGUUUCUCAAUUCUUGGUCUUCUAUGCGCCAACACUAGACUGACGCGUGUCACUCUCUCUCUCGAGGCUCUGUGGCUGCUGCCUUUUUAUGCCGCUCUCUCCAUGCUUACUGAAAUUAGACACCGGUGUUAGACAUAAUUUAGCUCAGGUGUAAGCUAGCUUACUGCUUUUCUCUCCCGGACAGGUGCUUGACCACGCCCCCGCUGCCACACCGUGUUUCGUUAAAGCCUAUUUAUUUUUGUUACAAGCUGUGUUUCGUUAAAGCCUGUGUAAAGUUCAUUUGUUUCAAUGUACCGGUUGGCACCUGCGGCUUAUUUAUGUUCAAAAUAAUAUUUUUUUUUAAAUUCAGUGGGUGCGGCUUAUAUUCAGAUGCGCUCAAUAGUCCGGAAAUUACGGUAAAUGCUUAAAACAAGUAAAAACAGUUUGCCAGUGGUGUAAGAAAAAUAACUUCUAAGGAAAAACAAGUUUAUAUUUCUUACCCCAUUGGCAGAUAAUUUGUUUUCUUUUUUAAGUCUAAAGUUCACUUAAUUUUGUCCGAUUUCUCUAAAAACAAGACAUAACUUAUGCCAUUUUGCUUAACAAGUAUAUAAAAUCACAAUUUAACAGGAUUUUACAGGAAAACGACAAAAAUACUUGAAAAUCAUUUUUUGCAGUUCAUUGAGAGGUUGUUGAACUUCUCCAAGCUUUAGCUUGAAUGGUAAUAUUAAAGUGGCAGUUAUAAUGAGAUCCUCACUGUUUUCUUUAUGAAAAUUGGGAAUAUCAUUUGGUAGUGUAUCUGUACUGUGACACUUUUUUUGUCCACCUCUGGCAUUGAGAUAAUGUAACAUUUUAUAUCUACCUAAAACCUGCAAAUGGUUUACAGUAACCAAGCCAAAUUAAAAACAGUAUGUAUAAUUAUUCAAUAAUAUAUGACAUUUAAUUGCCUCAGAUGUCAGAUAUAAUUAAAAUAUUUUUCAAAGCUUUACGUUGACUAAAUAUACAAGUUUACCCAUCAUGAGGGUGAAGGUAAAACUAUUUAUUAAAUGUAUUUCAUAUGCAGAGUGUCUUUUGAAGUGUGGUCUCUUCAAGUGUUGAGUGUCACAUUAUAUAAAGAUGUGACAUUAUUUAAACUUUCUAUGGCUCAGCAGGAUCUAAAUCCAAAACUUACAAUUUGAUUAUUUUGAUCAGGUAUUGCGUUUUACAAUUGACAUGUUUUAGAUACUGUGACAUUAAGAGUAGCUUUGUUUGAAAACAUCUUGUUUGGUUCACGUGCAUACACCCUAG